AGAUAGUAUACUUUUUUCUUCGUUCACGAACAAGGAGAACUUAGUUGUGUUGGAUUUUCGUGGCGUUGUUGCGCUCUGAAUAAUUAUGUGGUGAUUUUUCUCGAAGAUUUGCCUCCAUUGCAGAUGCGUUGACAGUGCUCAUUAAUCGAAAUGCAUUGGCUGCAUAUUCUGGAAAACUUUGUUGACAAGUGAAAGGGUGAAUAUGACAAUGAUUCUGACAUCGAUUAACGAAACGAAGUACAAGUGACAAUGGCUUCUCAAUUCCAAGGUUCCGACUUUUGGCUGAACUUCGGCAGCCUAAAGAGGAAGAUGAAGAAUGGAGUAUCAUCACCUUGGAGUAAAUUCCAUUCUCCCUACGACCUACAGAAGUCAACAGAGGAAGAAGAAGAGGAAGAAGAAAUAGAAGAACACAGUGCUACGAAUUCCUCUCACUCCGAAAUUCUUCCUCGUUCCCAGACCCUCUCUUCCUCUCCCUCUGAAUCGAUUCACGAUCAGAGAUCACCGCCACCACCACCGCCGCCACAUUCCACUUUGCCCCUCUCUCCUACGAGAGGGAGAAGAAGAAGCAGAAGAAGGAAUAAAUCAGAGCCUCUGCGGCGUCCGUCGUGUCCUGGUCAGAACUGGAAUGGGGACCCAUCCUUUUCUCCAACCACUUCUACUUCCGAUAGAAGUGGCAAGGAGUCCGAAUCCAUUCCACGUGCGUGUGAUGGCCCCCAUGUCUCCUCCUCCUCCUCCCCCCCAUCCCGUCAGGAGGAAGGAAAAGUGUUUCAGAAGAUGGGGGAAAGGGAAGACCCUUGGGUUUCCUUAAUCCUUAACGGUCUCGUGAGAUUACCCGAAAAUGGAGGCAGGAGUUCCGUAAUGGACGCGUCAGAAAUGAGUAGAUCAACCCAGGAGCUCCAAGCGGUCAGGGACCGCUGGUUGAAGGAGCUGGACUGCUAUAGUGUACUGCAACCUCCCACCUCGAAGUCGAAGUCGCAAGACUCAUUAAUCGUGCGGCCGGACAGCGAUGCUGCUGCUGCUGCUGCUAUGGGGUCGUCACCUUCGCCAUUGUCGAACAGAAGUCGGUCUCUCGUGCUUUCGCAAUUAGGGCGAAUGACCCCCAUCCUCGACAGUAACGGCCCAAAACGAAAAGGACAGAGCCCAUCUAAAAAUAAUGAUGGUUUGGGCAGUAAAUUAAAAGUGGCUCGUAGAAAGGGAAGUGUAGCAGACGACAGGAAUCAGACGCAUUCCAACGUCUGUAACUGCAGCAGUGGUACUACAACUAGCAGUGCGAAAUCGGUAACGCUUCUUAGUCUGUCUGAUUCACACAUCACUGUUCGACCAGGAGUUCGAAUCCCAAGGUCUCGCAGCUACGAAUCAAAUCUACGAAACCGCAUCUCGCCAACAUCGAGUCAUCAAGACGCUUUAGUUCUCAGCGCUGUGAAAAAAUCAACGGCCACGAAGAAUGCUAAAUUAAAUCAUCAUGAUCCCAUGCAUUAUGGGAGUCUACAGAGAUGCCCCCGUAUCAAAUCUCAGGUCACUGCCGCCAGACAGGUAGAGACUGACCCGGAAGAUGAAGUGUGCGAAACCAUCCCUCAAGUUCCAGAGCUCAAAUUCAAUAAGUAUAACUUCCGGAAACAUCUGUCAGCAAGAUCAGCUCUUUCCAAAGGACCUUUGACCCCUUUGAAAGUUGGGCAAGAACUGGCGCAGGCACGAAGAGAGCGUCAUGGUCUGGAAGAUUGUCGGGGCUCAGAGGACGCUCUGGAAAGAGGCGUCCGCCUGGAAACUCCUGGAAACGGCUCUUCGGUGACCAAGAGCUCCCGAAAAACGCUCUUGAAGUCGGCGCUGUGUCUGAGGUCAAAGAGCGUUGACCGGCACUUCCGGUGUGCCUCCCCAAAGGAUUCCCGAACGAAGGAUAUGACCAACCGACGCAGUGUUGAAGGACGCGUCACUUUCAGCGAUGAGCCGCAAAGGGUUGUAAGUGAGGAGGAAAACGGCAGGUACCGUGGUUUAAUUUUCGACGGUACCAGCAGCGCUCGCACUGGUACCUUCCCGGGAAACCUUGUGCAUCGACGCGACAUACAAGUUGGUGGCAUGAGCGGGCGGGGCAAGCCAGCGGCAGCGGUGAAGGUGUCUCCGCCCACGGUUCCUGAUGCCGCCCUCACCCACCGGCACUCGGGGUCAUCCUUCAGCUCGGGUGUCUACAGCGCUGGCGAUCAGCGCUCCUCUUAUUCGUCCUCUGUCAGCGAUGACAAUCCUCCGCCCUCACCCAGAAGUCCGGCCAGAGUCAACUGUGACCACGGGCAGCUGGGACGUGUUGGAACCAAUAACCCCAACAACAACAAUAACAACAACAGCAAUAGCAGCAACAAUACAACCAACAACAACGGCCAGCAUGGGAACAACUCCCCGUCGCAUUUUCAUAAUCAGCAAUUCACUUUUCCUAACCAGGGUGGAGUUCCUCAGUUUGCUCAUCUUAUGUGUCCAAAAACAUCGCCUGGAUCGCCUCACCAUGUCCCGCCAGACGGCACAUACACCUCCUACCUCACAUAUCAACAGCAAACUUCGCUGGAAGAUCAGGGGAUUGAUGUCCAGUCCCCAGGUCGCUCUAGUCCAGGAUCGGGCAGCGGGUCCUCUACCACGGGUUCCACAGCAUCCUCGGGCGGGUGUCGGAAUUCCACGACUUCCCUCGACUCGGGCCGCGCCUCCACCUCCACCCACACUCAUCAGCACAGGUUGAGUGGGCAGAGCUACGAUAGUGGGUCUAUUCUCCGUCACAGUUAUCACUCGUCCAGUUCCAGUUUGGGCUCUAUGGAGCACGAUGGAACCCCUCACGUCAAUGUUCCAGAACUGCUCAACAAUGGAGUAAGGGAUUCAGAAGUUUUAAGGGCGUGGUUGACAGACAUCCGGUCCGAUGAGUAUUACGAGAAGUUCAUCCUAGCCGGGUAUGACAUGCCAACCAUCUCGCGGAUGACCCCUGAAGAUCUGAAUGCCAUUGGUAUCACAAAGCCGGCCCACCGCAAAAAGCUGAAGGCCGAAAUCACCAAGCUAAACAUAUCCGACAGACUGCCGAAUUUCAUACCGGGGCGACUUGAAGACUGGUUGUCACUUUUAAGGUUAGAGGAAUACACAACUUCAUUAAAGCAGCAAGGUUAUACAUCUGUGGAACAAAUGACACAGCUUACCUGGGAGGAUUUGGAAGACAUUGGUAUAACUAAGCUUGGCCAUCAGAAAAAGGUGAUGUUAGCCAUCAAAAGAGUGAAGGACAUAAUGGCUGGCAAAAAGUUUGCUAGUCAGGACAUUCGACCUCAAAACCAGUAUGGGACUCAUGAGAUUAUGAUAGCCCGUGAAGCUGGUGAUGGACGUGAGCAGUUUAGUGCAGUUCAAGAAUUCCGUACAUUUGCAGGACCAGUGCACCCUAAUGCAGGGGAUCUUAAUAGACUGAGUGGUCCUGCAGACCCAGGGGGACACUAUGGAGUACCUAAUCACUAUGCUCCAGGUGUUCAAUAUGGCCCCAUGGGUCCACCUCAAGCCCAUGUCCAACCAAUGCCUCAUCAGUCAGGUCCUUAUAUUACUUCAGGACAAUAUGGUGGACCUCAGGGUCCUUCUCCUCCAGGAGGGAAAGUUCAUAGUGGUUCUUCACAUCCACUUCCAGGCCCAGGACAGGUUCAGUACAGACCUGAUGUGGUUGCUGUUCAGAUUCGACCAGGAGGCAGAGGGCGAAGUGCUGAAAGUCUAGAAGAGCCUAUUUAUGGAACAUAUCAAACAUUUCACCCAGACAGUAGACUGUCUCUCAGCCAAGGUCCUUCUUCUCUAGGCAGCUUACCACCAAGGCCAUUUCCACCACCAAGUAUGAUGACAUCACAUCCACAACGAUCAAUGGAUGAUGGUGACAUUACCCCAACAAAUGAGUUUGCUGGAAGCUAUGAGGGAGGAGGCACUUUGCCAAGACCUCGAACUGCAAAUAAAUUAAGACCUGUUGCUAAGGUUACAGCAAAAACUCGUGUUGAUAUUCAUGAGGUACCCCAGUUUAUUAAAGAUGGAAUGAAUUUAAAGAAACCCUCACAGGUUGAAGAAGUGGGUAUGAAAGACUUAAAUGUAAAGACGUUAAAUCGCCAGAACUCUGAAAAAAUUAGUAGUUCACAAGGCUCAGGGAGUACAAAUAAUACACCACAAGGUACUCCAAAGAAGUUACCUCCUCCUCCACCUCGACGCUCAAAUUCUAUCAGUGAAUCCUCAAAAGAUGCUGUCAUUAGAGAUGGUCAGCAUGGAUAUCUAAAAAGAGGGUUGUCUUAUGGGUACAUGGGAAUCAAAAAUAAUUUGCAACCUGAUGUUACCCCAGAUUUACCCCCACCUCCUGCCCCUCCAGAUAGUGCCAAUCAUCAACACCUUCCAGACGAUUUCCCUCCACCCCCACCGCCUUUGACAUGCGUUACAAUGGCCAGUACUUCAAGAAUUACCAGCACAAUUACCACUGCAUCAAUUACAAGUGACUCCCUAGCUACAUCACAAACUUCAACUUCUGCAACAGAGGAAGUCUCCCCAAGUUUUAGACCCAGAAGAAACGAUUCAAAUGCUAGCUUUAAGUCAACAUCAAGUACAGACUCCGAUUCCUUACCAUUUGCCAACGAAAACGCUGGGACUAUUAAGCAGCGGGCCUGCCGUCCUCAUCCAGGGUUAAGCGUAUUAGAUACACGAAACUCUCCCCACUCUUCUCCACGCUCCUCCCCAGCUCUCCGCCGUAAAGAUGCCCAAAUCCCCCUUCGACAGACUUCUUUAGCUGAUACAGAACCAUCAUCCGAUUGUACAGGAAAUCCAGAAUCUGGGAAUUCAAGGUCAUCGGGUUACACUUCAGGUUCAGGGAUAUGGCGUUUGGACUCGACACCUCGUCUUGAAGCUUCGUGAAGCGGGCUACAGUUCUCCAGAUGGCACUGGUGAUGUGUUAAAUGACAUCGGCAACAUGCUAGCCAACCUAACUGAUGAACUUGAUGCCAUGUUGGAACAAGAACUUGUACUGAAGAACUAAAACAGAUUAUUGGUGUUUAGUGUCAUGGACUGUAAAAAGCCUAGUUAAAGUCACUGUAAUCAUUUAGAGGCUAUAAUACUGUUUAUCACCAAUUAGAAAAUCUUGGAUUAAACACAACAUACUGUGAAGAUCAAAUAAUAUGCAUUAGUAAAGUCUGUGCUGUAUAGAUAAUUUUUGGUAUGGUAAAUUCAUUAGAGUAUGCUGUAUUCAGCAAACUUGAAGAAACUAUGUACUGUGCUCCAUAACAAUACAGUAAUGAUUUUAGGGAGUUUCUUGUGCUAUAAUAUUGACUGUUUGUCACUACACACAAAUUGUUAAGAAGUCCAUAAUAGAGUUAGAGCAUGUUUAUGGGAAUUUACCUCGGUACAUUUACAACUGUAAAACCAGAAAGGUUUGAUGUUGAAAAUAUGUCAUGGUAUUUUAAUUGUGCUACCGGUUAAUAUCUAUAUAUAUAUGUAUAAUACAUAAAUAUCUUACAACGGUUGAGGCUACAUUAUACCAUUGGAUAAAUAUUGCUUUUUACAAUGCCAAAUAUGCACAUUGAUUAUUGAAUCCAGUAACACUAUAUAAUGAAAACCUGCAGUGUUCAUUGAAAACCAAGACACUGUAAUGUAUUCUAAUGACCAGACAAUCGUAAAAUUUACCACACUUAGUCUCUUAAUUUUGAUUCAUUAUGUUUUGUUGCUUGUGUUAACUUUUCCUACUAUGUCUUUGGAGAUGCAUUGUAAAUCACUUUCAUGCUUAUAAAGCAGGUGCACUUAUGAGCUAAAUAUUGUUUUUGGGCUUUGUUUCUUUGAGGAGUUAUUACUGUAUUCAGCUUUCUGAACUCACAUUGGAGAAUAUAUUUAAAUUACUGGCUUUCUUUUUGCAUCUUAACAUUAUCUUAAAAAUUGCAGUUGUUAUUUCUUGCAAUGUGGUAAAAUAUGUUCAGUCAGUGCAUUGGAUGUGAUAAGCAUAGUCUUAUGAACGAAAGGUAUCGUAUAUUGUAACUGAAUAUGUUGAUUUUGUUUUUAAAAGCAAGUGUUGUGUGGUAUCAUGUAAUCCUCUCGAGCUAAUCUUACCUAGGUAGAAAAGCACAUUGUGUUUCUGUGUACUAGUCACUUAUAUGGCUGAUAAGCCAAAAUAAGUGCAAAAAAAUGUAAUUUGAAUAAAAACAUAUUUUGUUUAUUUUUCUUGUAAAUAAACUAUGUACAGAGCUUGUAAAUAAUUAGGGAAGUCACAGACCAUUGUUUAUGGUAAAUCAUAUGUUGUGGAAAGUGAGGAGGUGAUUUUAGAUGAGGUUUCACACCAUCUAAUCUAGUGAUCUUCAAUUGUUUCACUUCAUAUGGUUUUCACAUCACCUUCAUAUAUCUCAUUGAGCUUUUAAGCCCUGUGAAAGUUCAUAUUGAGGGAAAAGUUUUUAUAUAGGUUUUUCUCACUGUGGUAAGAGCAUGGAGCUGUUAGCACAAUCAGUUCCUGGCCAUAUACAUGUAUUUUGAAGUACAUAACCAUAACUCAGAUCUUUAACCUGUUUUGUGUUAAAGUUUUCCCAAUUGAUCAUUGUAUAAUAUAUAUAUUUUAGUUAUAGCUUGGGUAAAUUUCUUUCCACACUAGUCCCAGAAGAUUUCUUUAUCCUGUUUUUAAACACUUGGUCACAUCCACAGGGAUACCUCUGUCAGUCAUUUCUACAUUCAACUCUAUCAUUAUAACUGAAGAUGUGAAACUUUCAAAUGUCCUCAGUUCUUGAAUUUUAUGAAUUAAUACUUUGUUUUUGCCUCUGUGGUAAUGACUAGGGGCAUGGCAGUGUGCUGGCUAACUAGAGCAUCUUGAUCUCAGUGUGAAAUGGUUGUCAGUUAUCUGACAAUAAAACUCAAGAGAGUUGACACAACAAACACAGGCUUGAUUGAACUGGUGUUAAGUGUUCGGUACUUAUGAAAUGGGUAGGAUACAAUUCUUACACAGAAGCAUAUGAUGAAAAGGUUCUUUUCAUGCUUACAUCUGCUGCCAAUAUGUUUGCUCUAUUAGCCAAGUGACCUGAUAUUAGACCAGAAAUAGUGUGGCAGGAUUGACAAGUGGUCGUCUGUAUUUGCACUGAAUGUUUGUACACAUUAUUUAUCCUCAUAGCAAUACAGCAUUAUCGCUUAUAUAUGAUCUUUUGGGUUAUCUUAUUGUGAUAUAAAACCGAAAAUUAGUAUGUAUAGGGAGAUCGGUUUUGAAUUUUUACUUUGUAGGCUCCAAUGCUAUAGUAGUUCUUAAUUUUGUGUAUUAUAUACAGUUAGAUAAAAAAUUCAGAUUAUUUUUUUUAAUUCCGAUACUAUUGUACUAUGACGGCCGCUGUCAGACCUUAAUACUUUUGCUGGUGUCCAUUUAGUCUUUUCUCUUCCCCAUUGUAUCUGCAUCAUAUAUCUUAAUAAUGACUAUCAAAAAUAUAACCUUUAGUGUUUUCAUAA